ACGAGCACAUCACCCCGUGACGUAAGGACGCAAGAAGCGGGCGCAUUGCAUUGUGGUCGCCGGUGGCUGACAGAAACAGAAAGCACACACUGCUCUACAGCUCUCCAGCGAACCACGCUAACAUCAGCCAGGACAGGACAAUACAAGCCCAGUUGUUGGUGAUCUUUGACCGCCUACAAAGCAGCUAUGUCGUCGACAUCCCAAAAACAUAAAGAUUUUGUGGCCGAGCCUAUGGGCGAGAAGGCCGUGAAUGCUCUUGCAGGCAUCGGAGAGGUUCUCGGCAAAAGACUGGAGGACAAAGGUUUUGACAAGGCGUAUGUCGUCCUCGGGCAGUUUCUAGUGCUGAAGAAGGACGAGGAGCUCUUCCGGGACUGGCUGAAGGACACUUGCGGGGCAAAUGUCAAACAACAAGGUGACUGCUACGGCUGCCUUAAAGAAUGGUGCGAUGCCUUCUUAUAAAGCAUUCGGUCGUCGUUUUCUACUUCUGAAGUCCAAACAUUACAUUACCUCUUCUGUGAUCUUGAUUCAAUGCAGCUGCACCAUAUAUAUGGACUGACACUUUUCACACUAAUGAGGUUAUUGAAGUCAAUUUACUUUUAAAUUAUACUUAAAGCUGUUUUAAAGUGUAUUUCUGAAAUCCUUUGACCCCUUCCCAAAACAGAAUUCACACAUGUCCUUCCUCAUGGUCAAGAUCUAGACUAAUACUCGCCAACUCUUUCUUUUAAAAAUUGGACAAUUCUAUCUGCCUGUAACGUCUGCUCACUGUCAGUAGCCCUUUUUAUCGCAGAAAUUUUAACUUGUAGUAGUAAAAGCACUGGUGUAACUAAUAACAAUAAUGAUGAUUUCUGUCCAUUUAGGUCUAAGUCAUUUCACUGAGCUAGCAUGCAUAUUAGCAGGGCUGUGACACAAGGACACCCAAAUAUAAUGCAGUCUAUAGAGGUCGCCUUAGGCUGAAGCUGUCUAGUUUCCUUUUUUGGGAAAAGUCUGCUCAUGUUCAUACUAUUAAAUUUGUCCAAGGUCUUUGAAAUAUUGCAUGUUUCUUUCUGUUAAAGGUUGAAUUUUAAAUGUGUGGUUCUUUCAUUGUUGGUCAUAUACUGGGAAUUUACAUUUUUAAGCCAAACAUGGCUGGUUUGUUCUGUGUUUAAACCCUUUACCUUCACACAAAUUUGAAACGUGUUUCAGUUCAGCACACAUUUUUCUUUCUGUGAUGAUUUACCAGUUCACUACAAUCCAGACUAAUAGUUGUACUCACCUUCAACUCUUGGCCCGUUUGCCUGUUUUUUUCCAAACCAUUGGAAAGUUGAUGUAAGCUGUAUUUUUUUUUAAUCAGUUUAGUAUCAUGUACUGUUGGUCCACCAACAAUGUUUUAAAGGGUUUCUAGAAGAGGUGGAAUGUCUGUUUGACGUGUUUUGACUGAUUUAUGUGACCCACAAAAACUAAGCCUCAAAACUAAAGGGACACUGGUCUUAUCAGAGAAGUAACAUGUUUUAAUAUAGAUACUUUUAACAUUUGAUCUUGCAAAUAAGAGGCAACAUGGCCAGACCCCCCACAUCUGGUCUGCUCAAAGCUCAUUUGAACCUGAAAAUUAUAAAAAAUAAAGAUGCAACAAAUUCAAACACUGUCAAAAAACUUGUCGGUCUAUUGCUGAUGAGUGGGCUGCAGCCUUUACAUUAAUGAAUUAACCUGCAAGUAUGUAUUUACUAGAUAAGUUUGGCGAUACUGCUAAGUUUGUCAGCAGUGAACAAAGCAUUUUGUACCUGCCUGAAGUGCUGGGGUUCAAGGAGUUGCAACAAGUAUAACACAUUCAGAUUGAUGCAACUUGUGUGGAGUUGUGCUUAGACGGCUACCAGGAUGUACGGUUUUGAUUAAACACUGUUACAGUCAUAUGACAACCAUUUAAAUCAAAACCAAUUACCAUGAUACAGUAAAUCAAUCUACAACCUGUUUGUCCGUUAACAGUUAAGAGGCUAAAGUAGUUGAUAUGCUGUACUCGUAUGAUAGAAUGUAUUUAAAGCUUCAGUAGAAGUUGACCUCAUUUCUCUUUUUUCAUAUCAAAACCCCCAACAAGAGUGAGGCAAAAACCUGUCCCGUCUAUCGCUCGUCUCAAAUCACUGGGUCUCAGUUCCCAGUGGCUUUUAAUGAAGUAUAUGUAGUAUGUAUUUUGUAACACCAACAAGCCUGAUGUAGGCCAGGCCUUCAUAACUGAGCUUGAUAUUAUCUUUGACUGUGUUUCUAAACAUGAAAUGCCUUAAUGCAUGCUAGUGUAAACAUUAUCCACAACACCUGCGGUAGUGCAUGUCCAGGCUGUGUCACUUAAUCUUCCACACGCACACACACCACCACCAGCUGUUUGGAGAUGUAACCGUUGUGUAGCAGCUUUUUUGUUAAACACUGGCAGAUUGUGUUUUGUAUUUGACUGUGAAAACUCUUCGGUUUUUAUACUGCCCUUAUUAUUAAAAAUAUAAAUAAAAAAGGCAAAGUAUCACAUUUGGACACACAUGUACAUGUUCAUAAAAGAUUCAAUUUUUAUCAAAUAAAAUCACAAAUGAGAGAAAACUUU